AUACCAGCAGAGAGCAAUGUUACAGAUGUAGGAAGCAUCUAAGAUACCUCAGAGGUUAGAGAAAGACUAGCGACUCCUAUUCUCAUCCCACUUUGAUUCCCAUACUCAUAAAUCCUAUCUAUAGGAGAAAUGGGAUGAUGUAUUAGUCACUCAUCUAGAAUAUAUACUGCAUCCUGGACAAUAUACAGCUCUUUCCUACAAGGUGUAAACCAGUUGGCUCCAUAACUGAGUUUUUAAAAGACCAACUGUCUAUAAGCAUGCUUGCUGCAAAUCAGUGAUGCUAUAUGGAAUAUCAUGAAGGCAAAAAAGGCAAGUUAUACAUCCAAGUAUGGUAGUUUGGGAAGAAGCAUUGUGGAAAGGAAGGCAUAUCCAAGUCCAGAAUAAGUGCCAUCGACGGGCAGUUUUUGAGGCUUUGUGUAGUGAGUCUGAUACAAGGCAGCAAUGAUGCGAUGACGUAGGGAAAAGACGGUGAGGGGGGAGGGGUGGGGACAGGCGAAAGUUGGCAGUGACGGCGGCGCAGUGGGAAGAAGAGCUGAUUUAGAAACAGGCAAGAUGUGGUCCCUCUCUCCCCGCGGUAGCUGCAGUACCCGCUUUCUGCUUUUACUCUUUCAAGCUCUGCUUUUUCCUGCCAUGCUGCUCUUAACAGCCGCGGUCUAUGUAAAUGACACUGACAUUGCAGAGACCCUGCCACGGAGCAAUGCGUGGUCUAGGCUGCCCUUCACCCUGGUGGGCCGAGUGUAAGGUCAAACACCUGGGGGCGGGCAGGUGACUAGUGCAGUCCGCCGCCGCCGCCAGGCAGAGGCCCCGGGGGGCAGGUGUGGGCGCGCGGGGGCGGAAGCGAGCCCUUUAAGGCAGCGGCGCGGCGGAAGCGCGUGGCCGCACGUGGCCCACUGGGUGCCCUCGGCCGAGCUGCGUGGCCAUGGACAUAGGCGCCGACGAGUUCGAGCAGAGCCUCCCUCUGCUGCAGGAGCUCGUCCUGGGCGCGGACUUCGUGGGUAAGGCGCUGGGAUUCCAGGCCGUGUCGUGGGACCCCCCUGGCCGCCAAGCCUGCGGUCUGGACAUAGAGUUCACGGGCCUUCGUUCUAACCUGUCUGGGCCCCAGCAGAUCAGUCUUUUUGACUUGCCAUCGGAAUGGUAUCUAAAGACCCGCCAGAGUGUUCAGCAGUUCACAAUCUGUCAGAUUGGGCUGUCUGUGUUUUCCAGUAUUGAAGGCGAGUCAAACAAGUAUGUCGCCCAUUCGUGUAACUUCUUUCUCUUCCCUACAACGUUUGGGAUUUUGGAUUCGGAAUUCUCUUUUCAGGCCUCGAGCGUUCAGUUUUUGAAUCAGUACGGCUUCGACUAUAACAAGUUUCUCAAAAAUGGAAUCCCGUAUAUGAACGAGGAGCAGGAGAAGAAGAUCAGACACAACAUCCUGACCGGGAACUGGAGAGUCCGCAGUUCUCUGGAUAAAGACCAGAUCAAGGUGGUGAUUGAUGAGGUGACACGCUGGCUGGACCUGGCAGAGGAAGGCGACUGGAUGACCCUCCCCGGGAUCACUGGCUUCCAGGCCUUCGAGGUCCAGCUGGUGCUGCGGAAGGCCCUGCCCAACAUCUGGACGGUGCUGAGAGACCAGGGGGUGAUAGUGAAGAAAGUCAGCAAACAGCAUCGCUGGUAUCUGGAGAACACCUCCUGUGACCGGGAGAGCUGCUGGAAGGAGAAGAUUCUCCUCUCCGCCAGGGGUUUCUCUGUGUUUUUCCAGAUGCUGGUGAAAGCCCAGAAGCCCCUGGUGGGCCACAACAUGAUGAUGGACCUGCUGCAUCUCCACGAGAAGUUCUUCAGGCCUCUCCCAGAAAGCUACGAAGACUUUAAGCUGAACAUCCACAACCUGUUUCCGAUUCUCAUUGAUACCAAGAACGUGACGAAGGAUGUCUGGAAGGAACUGAGCUUCCCGAGGGUUUCAAAUCUUUCAGAAGUGUAUGAAGUCCUGAACAGUGACUUGAAUCCCACCAAGGAUUCUGGGCCGGUGAUUAUCCACGCAAGCAAAUGUGAAAAGUAUGUGGAGACCAAGUAUCCCCACGAGGCAGCUUACGAUGCCUUCCUCUGCGGAUCAGUUCUUUUGAAAGUGGCACACUUGCUGCUGUGGAGAGUUCAUGGCGCCGUCCCCAUCCCUGAGCCCUCCUUCCCGCUCUACCUCGAUGUGCUGGCGCCCUAUGUGAACCAGGUGAACCUUAUCCGAGCCGGGGUCCCCAAGAUCAAUUUCUCUGGUCCGGACCACCCCAGCAUCCGCCCCCCCACCCUCAUCCUCAGGGUCAGGAGGUGGCCCGAGGUCAGCGAGCAGCAAAUCUACCGCGAGUUUCAGAAUCUCUGCAAAUUUGACGUCCGGAGACUCACCCGGAGCCAGUUCCUGCUCUUGACCAAUAAGUUUAAGGACGCCCGGAGCAUCCUGAAGGAGUACAGGUGCCACCCCACCCUGCAGGUCUCCCUGUACCGCUACUGGAGGCACUCCCCGGACGUCACCUGCUUGUUAGAAGUCUGUGGCGUCGUCAUCGCCUGGGCCUUGAUGGCGUUUCUUCUGGGAAGACCUCGCCCCUGAGGGCAGCAGUGUGGCCCGCAGCUCCAUCCCGUCUCUGCUCGGCCCGGACAGCCGUCCUGGGUUUUGUUUGUUUAAAUCGUCUCCUAUUGCUGAUCUGUAUGCUCCUUAUGGGAGUUUCGUUAAGUUUUGAGUGUGAAAUUCUGUAAAUAUCAUCUGUGAUAAAUCCUUUGCAGCCAAAACUUUUCUUUCUAUAAAUGAUUGGGAAGACAUCUCCGCCUCUGGGAGUUUAGGCUAAUGUUCCAGAGUUGUAUUCUUUUCCCACCCCCCCCCCCUUUUUAGGGCCGCACCUGCGGCAUAUGGAAGUUCCCAGGCUAGGGGUCGAAUUGGAGCU